GCUGCUUGGCCUACGAUUGCAACAGCCAUCUUUUGAACCGGUGUUUUCGGUAAAUAGAUAUAUCCUGCUUGUUAUUGUUUCAUAAAUUUUACAUGUUUUCAUGAGAAGCUUAUAGGGUUCGUGAAACGUUUGAGGUCAGCUGAUGAUUCAUAUGUCUUCCAAGAACCAAGUUCGACUCCACCAUGGCGGAUCAAAUAUCAAUGCAAUUGCCGCUGGCUCAGCAGUUGAAUGAUAUGGUCAAGAAUUUUACGUUGCUGGAUAUUUUGAGCAAAGAAGAACAAGAAGACCUCUUAUCCAGCAAAAUUGACCUCAUUAAGAAACAAAAUGAAGAACGUCUCAAGCGGCAUCAAGAAAUUGAGGAGGAUAAAUUACAAGCAGCAGGAGGCAUUGGAAGUAUUAAACCUGUAAACAAAGAAAAGGAAGAUCAGCCAACAUCACCUCAGUUAUCAAGAUCUCAGUGGAAAUCUAGCUCUGAUGAACAGCGUAGAGAGUGGGAUGGCCAUCCCAGAACACCGCCAAAUGGGAACCAGUCACCACCAGACAGAACCACAUCACCACACGGAAUGCAAAAUGAAAAUGAGCACAUCCACAUACAGUUAAAUAAUGAAGGCAGGGGCUUAGGAUUUGGUUUAGUCGGACAAAGAGGAAGGGGUGUGGUUGUGAAAACAAUUGUGCCACAAGGGGCUGCUGCUAUGGAUGGCCGUCUUCAACCAGGGGACAUGAUGAUAAGUGUGAAUGACACAAAUGUAAAGGGCUUUACAAGAGAUGAGAUCGUUGACCUACUUAUAGCAGAACAGAAAAGAAGCCCAAAGGUCACAUUGCUGGUUAUGCGGGGUGGACAACAUAUAUCAGGCAGAAAUCAAAGAAACCCACCGAAUUCUAGUCAAGUUGGAAAUGUGUAUGGACGAAAUGUCAAUAAGGAAAUGGAGUUUACUGUGAAAAAUGACUUGUAUACAAAAGAUGGUGGGUUUUCAAGACGACGAGUGUCAGAAGAUGUUUGUGGAAAGACAUUGAAUGUAGAGGUGGACUUAAAGGGCCAACAGCAGCGUAGGUCGGCUGACAAACGAGUCCCUGAUAACCCAGCUCAAGCUAGCUCUAGGGUAAACGGUUGGAGUUACGACAGUGUUCUCGGCUACUACAAAAACGAAGAGUGGUCUGAAAAGAGGAAACAGAAUAUUGAUCGUGUUGAAGCUGAGAUUCAAGCAAUGAGAGAGCAAUAUGAAAACCAGAAACAGCAAGACGCUACUGUAUCGCCUACAUUUGGGGGUCAUAGUUUCCUGGAUGAUCCAAGGAGAGACCCAAGCCAACCUGACAGGUCAUCGAAGCAGCAUGGAAGCAGGCGAAGUCAGCAUAGCUAUGGUGGUGCCGAUUUCGAAGAUGCUACAUCGCUAGUGGCUAGACAGAGCAAAGAGCAUUCAAAGCACCAUGCAUCAAGAAAUAUUGACAUUAGUAUGACAGGAAAAGAAAGAAAAAGGUAUGAAAACUGGAAAAAGGAGAGGGAGAUAAUUGAUGAACAGCGCUUAGCUCGUCACAAGAAUGCAGCGGGGGAAUGGAAGAGGGAAUGGGACAAGGAAAAACCUGGAAAACGAGAUAACAGUCAAAAUGAACGGCAAGCUAAACCACCACCACAAGCAGCAAAAGGUCGUGCUAUGGUAUCUGGAAAUGAAACAGAAGAUCCUACUCCUCAGAGUUGGGGGCGGGGACGUGGUCGCGGUAGAGGUGUGCCGAAAAUAGAACAACAAAUUAACAGUGAAUUCAAGUACUCAAAAAUACUCUCAGCAAGUAAAAAGAAAGUAGAUGAAAGUAAGAAAAAAUUGGAUGAAAGUAAAUUUGAAAUGAGCGAAUCAACAGACAACUUACCACCUAGUGCUGGAGAUGGCUUUAAUAGUCCCGCUGUAGUAUCUUCAGGAAGUGAUCACAAAGAAACGCAGCCUAAGGGUGAUUUACAUAUAAAUAUACCAGACCCUGAAGAGAGUGCUACGAUCACAUCACCAGAUACUUUCAAGACCCCACCUGGUUUUAAUCGAGUUAUUGAUUGGGCAGAAGAAAUGGAUAGGUUAGAUCCCAUGAAUAACCUUUGACAUCGCUUGCCGUAUGAAUUUAUAACCGAAGUGAAAAUAUAGAAUUUUUUAAAAGGUGAACGUUGCCAAACAAUGUUAAAAUGUGGUGAGGAUGCUAUAUGUUCGGUAAUUGAUCCCUAUGACUUUUUUUUAAGGUUAGAUUUUAUGUUAUUUUCAUACUGCACAAAAAUAUUUUUGUUGUGUCAGUUAUUAAUUUAAUCAUAUUCAAUAUCUGUACCAUACGAUGGUUGAAGUAUAGCUCUUUUUGUGAAUGAAGAAAACAAAUGAAAUUUACUGGGUUUUUUCAAGCUUUAAAUACAAUUCGUUCAAGUAAUAUACAUUAUUGAAAUGGAAACUUGCAAUUUAAAAUAGUGCAAAUGAGAUGUUUACAUAGUUUUUUAAAUAACUGAAUGUAGAUAAUUCUAGUGCCAAUCUUAUAAUUAUGUUUCACUGUAAGCAGGCCAGGGUAAUAUUUAAUUUGGGGAUAGACAUGGCCAAUUAUUGAGAUGAAGAACUCAGGAUUUUUAUUUUUUUAUUAGAGGUCUGGAUACAUGAGACUGCCAUAUUCAAGAAUGUUUUGUUUAGUGAGUGCAAUGACCCUUGACUGUUUCCAGGGAUAUGUGUUCUGAAUUACAAUGUUCCUUUUUUUUGGAAGUUAAAGCUUAAAAAGGGAAAGUCAGUUCACCCUUAUAAAGUGGUAUGUUUUGUAUAUCAUAUAGAAUUAUCUUUGUGUUAUAUUUCUUAUUCAGCUUUAGGCACCAGGGCCAAGGAUAUGCCAACAGUGAACUAAAUCACUCUGCGAAGUGGCAAUCUCAUCACAUUACAACAGGGACUGUAUAUCUAUUAAAUUUAUUGCAUCUCUGUAUCUAUAUAUAAUAUCUCUGUGCUUAUAUCUAUUCUAGCAUCUAUUUGUCUAGCAUUUAACUAUCCAUACAUAAACAACUCUGUGUUUAUAUAAUAGCAUCUGUAUUAUGUGUCUAUAUUUCCUCUAAUUGACUAUAUAUGGCAUUUUUCUAUUUUUAGUAUCUUCUGAUAGAAAUACUGCUUCAAACUUCAUAAAGACAUUUGGUAGUCAUUAAUAUUGUCUUGACAUAGGAAUUCUACUUUUUAAUUUUUUUUUUUUUUUUUUUUUUUAAUUUCUACUUAUUUUAUUUUUAGGCACAAGGCCAAGGAUAGGCCAAUAGCAAACAUAAUUCACUUUAAUAAGUGGCAAUCCUUUCACAAGAUAAACAAGAUGCUUUGCAUAAACCAAGUGUUGUUAUGAGGCUUAGAGAGUGGAGUAAUGUUUAGUCAUGAGAAAAUAAUCCAUGACAGGAAUUGAACCCAGUACCCAGGGAUUGGAAAGCAAGCACAAAGCUACAGCUCCACUUUGCAACUUACAUAAAUUACCUAGUGUAUGUAGUAAAAAUGAGGCUGGAAAUGGAGAUUUCUCUGUCUACUAUAGCAUUCUCUUUCUACACAAUAAUACCUUCCUAUUCAUAGAAUUUCUCUAUAGCAUAUCCUUGACUAUGUUUGGCUAAAUAUAGUAU